AUGGCGGCAAAUCCAUGCGGUUUUGAUAGAGGAUUCAUAUACACAGUGAUUAUUCUGAAUUUCGUGCUUUCUUGUCAGCUCAUCGUUGUAGCUCCUAUGCUUCCCAUAUUUAUUCAAAUUAUAGAUGGAAAAACUGGUGAUGCUGCUGCUCUGUUUGAGAGAGUUUCAGAGAGUGUAAAAGUGAAGAAAUACAGUGAAGCCCUUGCUCAUCUUAAUGCUGCUAUAGAGGCAGAUCCAGCACUCUCAGAAGCAUAUUGGCAUCGGGCAUCCAUUCUACGUCAACUCUGCAGAUAUGGAGAAUCUGAGGAAAGCUACAGAAUAUUUCUGGAUGUGCAACCUGGCAAUUCAGCAGCAGAGAAGGAGCUUUCUCAGUUAUAUCAAGCUCAGAGUGCCUUAGAUUCAGCGAAACAAGUUUUUGAAUCUGGAGACUAUACGAAAGCACUGGAAUAUCUUGAAAAAGUUGUUCUGGUUUUCUCUCCAGAAUGCUCCAAGGCCAAACUCCUUAAAGUGAGAUCGUUGAUAGCUGUUAAAGAUUAUUCAAGUGCCAUAUCCAAUUCAGGAUACAUUCUCAAAGAAGAUGAGGACAAUUUAGAGGCUUUGCACUUACGUGGCAAUGCCUACUAUUACUUAGCUGAUCAUGACAUUGCUAUUAGACAUUACCAAAAGGGACUUCGUCUAGACCCUGAGCAUGCAGAACUGAAGAGAUCAUAUUUUAAAUUGAAAAGCCUCCUUAAAAAAACUAAAAGUGCAGAGGAUUAUGCAAGCAAUGGUAAGCUACAAUUGGCCACAGAGGAAUAUAAAGCAGCUCUUGCUUUGGACCCAAACCAUUCUUAUCAUAAUGUGCAUCUUCACCUUGGAUUGUGCAAGGUUCAGGUGAAACUUGGUAGGGGAGAUGAUGCUGUGACAAGUUGCACAGAAGCACUUGAACUUGAUGGAGAUUUAGUUCAAGCACUAGUCCAGAGAGGAGAGGCAAAGCUUUUGAUAGAAGAUUGGGAAGGAGCUGUGGCUGACCUAAGAUCAGCAGUAGAGAAGUCACCUCGGGAUAUGAAUAUUCGUAGAGCUUUAGUAAGGGCUGUAAAAUCCUUGAAGUUGAGCCAACGGAAGGACUGGUACAAGAUUUUAGGAGUUUCUAGAACUGCAUCAAUGUCAGAGAUUAAGAAAGCUUACAAGAAGCUUGCCUUGCAAUGGCACCCUGAUAAGAAUGUGGACAAUAAGGAAGAAGCAGAAGACAAAUUUCGGGAAAUAGCAACUGCCUAUGAGGUUUUGGGAGAUGAGGAUAAGCGCACGAGAUAUGAUACUGGUGAAGAUAUUGAUGGCAUGGGGAUGAAUAUGGGUGGUGGAGGCUUUAAUCCCUUUGGAGGAGGGGGGCAACGAUUUACCUUCCGUUCCCAAGGAGGUUUUCCUGGUGGAUUUGGAGGUUUUUGA